CCAUGAUACCCUACAAGAUCGCUUGGUUAUGCGAUAUGAGGGCCAUUCACAGAUUUGUGCUGAGAAAUCUAUUCAGCACGUCACUCCUUUCUCAUUGUUUCUGUGCAAGACCCAUGGGGGAAUACUUCAGCUCCGAUGGUCGCAGGAUGCAUCAAACGCGGCGAGACCUCCAAGACUCGAAGCAUGAUCUGGAGGCUCUCCAUCGAUACACCUCAGGUCGAUGGCUCUGGAAUGAGCACCAGCAACUUGCAUGCCGCUAUGUGAAGUUUGAUAUGUCAAGGCUUUUGGAACUUGCUGCUUCUCUCAUCGGAUCGAAAUACUGUGUUGAAGCUGUUAAGGUUUCAGAGGGUCAGUAUAACAAAGUGUUCCUGCUUACCAUGAACGAUGGACGUGAGGUGAUUGCCAAACUGCCGAAUCCCAAUGCGGGCAGACCAUGCUUCACUACGGCCAGUGAGGUUGCGACCAUGGACUUUUUGAGAAACAUCCUUCAUCUUCCAGUUCCGAAGGUCUACGCAUGGAGCUCUAAAGCGUCAGAGAACCCUGUUGGAGCAGAAUAUAUCAUCAUGGAAAAACAAGCUGGUGUGAUGCUGAGCGAUGUAUGGGAAAGCAUGAAAGGAAAGCAGAAAGCCCAUAUUGUGCUACAAGUUGUUGAUUUUGAGAAAACCCUUGCUUCAACAAAAUUCACAAAGCUUGGAGCUUUGUACUACAAGGAUGACCUCCCUGCUAUGCUAGAUACCUCGUCACCGUUAUAUGUCAACAGGGAUGGGAAGGAGGUACACAGUGCGAAGUUUGGCAUUGGACCCACCAACCAUCGUUCAUUUUUCGAUUUUGGGAGGGGGGAACUGGACAUCGAUCAUGGACCAUGGUCUACACCUGCAGAGUUCAUGAUUGCCAUUGCGAAUCGAGAAAUUCUCUGCGCACAGGCGCGAUUCAGAUACCCAUUGAUGCCGGAAGGCCUUUUCUAUGGACCCAGACAAUACCAGCCCAGCUCUUCGAAGAAACUGUCCGCAUUGCACAACUAUCUCAAAGUGGCGCCCUAUGUUCUGCCCGAUAACAGAGCAACCCUAACAUCAGUUUUGUGGCACGGUGAUUUGCACUUGCAAAAUAUUUUUGUCGAUCCUGGAGAGCCAACCCGUAUACUGGGCAUAGUCGACUGGCAAUGUGUCAGCAUUUGUCCACUUUUCAUGCAAGUCACACGCCCUGGUUUCCUGGAUUACAAUGGCCCGGCUCCUGAAGGACUUCAGCAAAUCCAUCUCCCUGGGAACUUUGACUCCAUGACCCCAGAUGAACAACAGAAAGCAAAAGCAUUGCAUCAAGCACAGACACUACACAAUCUUUACUUGGCUAGAUCCCGUCAAGUCAAUAUAGAAGCCUUCCAGGCCAUGCAGGGCCAAGACACGCUCCGUCACCAAGUUAGUGUUAUUCCGGGUUUGACGCUAAUGGACUACGAACCAUGCCUUAAUAGCUUGCUGAGAGAUGUGGAAAAAGGAUGGCCAGAGAUUGUUGGCGUCGGGACAGAUGGCUUGCCAUUGGUUCCAUGCCCCUUGCAGUUCUCGGCCGCUGAGAUUCAGAAACAGGAACGCGACGAAGAGCUGUGGGCCCAGGGCGUGGGGCUCAUGAACGACUUUAUUAGUGACACAGGAUGUUUCAAACACUGGGAUGGCAAGGUCAGCAAUGCGGAUUAUGAAUCAUCAAAGAGGCAGCUAGCGGAGGGGAUACAACGAUUCUUGGGCCGUGAGGCUAGGAAUGAGGAGGAACGCAAGGCGUGGCUCAAAGCCCUACCAUUUGUGGAUCAAGAAGAGACUGGGUGA